AGGCUCGUUAGGCCUGUCAUCGAGUUCUUAGAGCCGAAUUGCUUCAUCUCCCCUCCGCCGCCGCCUUACCAAGGUCGAAGCAAUUGGGGUUCAGGGGAAGCGAAAGCUGCGGAGGAAGGUACUAUUCGGAGGCCAAACCCUGACUUUUAAGUAAGAAUCCCUGGUUUUGUAACAUCAGCUGGAAUUUUGAGGGCGACAAGGCGAGAUCGGUGACAUGUCGAGCACCGUGGACGCAGCGGGGGAGCCGAUCCCGACGUCGGCCGUCCUCAUGGCGGCCGCCAAGCACAUCACCCAGCGCUGCCGGGCGGAGAACGUGGCCUUCAUCAAGUGCAAGAAGAAGGACGCGAACCCGGAGAAGUGCCUCGAUAAGGGCCGCCAGGUCACUAGUUGCGUGCUAAACCUGCUGAAAGAACUCCACCAGAAGUGCCCUAAAGAGAUGGAUGCUUAUGCAGGCUGCAUGAAUUACUACACCAAUGAGUUCGAUUUGUGUAGGAAAGAGCAGGAAGCAUUCGAGAAGAGCAUACUGUAACAGAGGAGCAGACCAAUGAGGAUUUCUGAAACCAAACUGCCAUAAUUAGCAUAUCGGAUACUCGAAGAACUGCAAGGUAUUUAUAUGUGCAUUGUUAGUGCAGAUUGUUUCUCAAUUUUUUCUCUCUUUUCUUCUUUGUUUGUGAUCAAUGUGACUGCUCCAGUAGCUUUUGGUUCCUCCAGUUUUCUCAAGUGUCUUCCAGUAAAUAGCACCAUCUCUGGCGCAAGUCCAUUCCAUCCCUUGUUUUGAUCAUUCAUCAAUUUCAAUAAACAAAUAUUUGGAAGUUCAUAGCUUCCUGUAUUGUACAAAAAACAUUUCAGAUUGUUUAGGUUUUUAAUUUGGUAUUCGGAGGAAUGAUCAAUCUUCGUACGUAAAAGGUGUUGUCAUGUUAACUUGAAUGAUUGAUGUUUUUAAUUUGGUAUUCGGAGGAACAAUCAAUCAAUCCUCGUACGUAAAA